AUGUGUCCGGAAGUUUCCGCAUGUGAUUACACGUCGUCCUGCUCUCUGCCCGCAGCGUACGGCGGCUCUCCGGGCUUCUACUCGGCGAGCGGCGGCUCCUACAGCCCCUGGCAGCCCGGGCCGUCCUUCCACCCGGUGCACUACAACGGCCACGGCGGUCACGGCGGCCACGGGGGCCACGGCGGCUUCGGCGGGCCCCAGCACGCGCCGCCGCCGCCGCCGCCCCACGGCGUGCCGUCUCAGCUGGGACCGCUGCCCUCCAGCGGGCCGCGGUCGCCGAGGCUCGUCUUCCCGCCGCCGGACAUCCCGGGCGCCGUGCACGCCUCGCAGUCCAUCUACUACAACAACCAGAACUCGCUGCAGGACAUUCGCCAGGAGGACCCCCGCGAGAGCGGAGACAGGCCGGAGGGCGCGGCGGGCUGCCCGCCGGGCGCGACCUGCGAGUUCUUCCUGUCGUGUUGGAUGGGCGGGGGCUUGCUGGACGGCCAGUGCGGCGCGCUCCUCCACGGCUGCUGCCGCCGCAAACCCCGGACCACGGCCAAGAUGGGCGAGCUGCCCCCGGCGGCGUCCAACGAAGUGCUUGCCCUGCCUGCUGACUUGGGACCUGUCAACAAUGACCCCCGUUGCGGUGUGUCUCCGGGUCGGCUGGGAGCCCAGCGACGGAUAGUGGGCGGCGACGAGGCCGGCUUCGGCAGCUUCCCCUGGCAGGCGUACAUCCGGAUCGGCUCUUCCCGCUGCGGGGGGUCCCUGGUGAACCGCUACCACGUCGUCACCGCCGGCCACUGCGUCGCCAGGGCGUCGGCGCGGCAGGUGCAGGUGACGCUCGGCGACUACGUCAUCAACUCGGCGGUCGAGCCGCUGCCCGCCUACACGUUCGGCGUGCGCGAGAUCCGCGUGCACCCGUACUUCAAGUUCACCCCGCAGGCGGAUCGCUACGACGUGGCCGUGCUGCGCCUGGACCGGCCCGUGCAGUACAUGCCGCACAUCGCGCCCAUCUGCCUGCCGCAGAAGGGCGCCGACUUCCUGGGCCAGUACGGCUGGGCCGCCGGCUGGGGCGCGCUGCAGGCAGGUUCACGCUUGCGCCCCAAGACCCUCCAGGCCGUGGACGUGCCCGUGAUCGACAACAGACUGUGCGAGAAGUGGCACCAGAGUAACGGCAUCAACGUCAUCAUCUAUGACGAGAUGAUGUGCGCGGGCUACAGGGGCGGCGGCAAGGACUCCUGCCAGGGGGACUCAGGUGGCCCGCUCAUGAUGGAGAAGACUGGUCGUUGGUACCUGAUCGGCAUCGUCUCGGCGGGGUACUCGUGCGCACAGCGGGGCCAGCCCGGCAUCUACCACCGGGUGGCGCACACCGUCGACUGGAUCUCCUACAUCGUCAACAGCCACAAACUGUAGACAGGUCGGCCGCAACCAGUGAGAAAGGGCGCGAGUCCGACGCGACGACGCGACUCUCUGAAGCCCUAAAGUGUAGACCUCUCUGUCCACGCAACCGGGUAAAAAGUGGCAUAAGUUUCAUAGAGGUGCAAAAUGCUUCCUUUGAAAGGAGGUCAUGAUUAAGAGGUAAGAUUAAUUUCAAAUGUGAUAUUAGCAGUCUGCUGAUGUGGAUAACGAACGACUGCAACGGAGGAGAGCGGAGUGCCAACUGAAGGAUGUCAAAGUGGACUUCCCUCUGAUUGUGAAGUUCGUGUUACUAGGUCUAGUCGAGGCAGCACGGUACCGCGUAGGGACCGGUAGGAACUCACCACUAGAUACCUUAAUUUAUUAUAAUUUUUACUGUACAUCGCGUGAUCCGGACCGACGUGUCUCAAAACACGCACACGCAAAUGUGUCAUCGAAAUGUAUUUGCUGCAAUUUUGUUUUAGAUAUAAGCCUACCAACAAAAGUCCAAAAAAUUAAGGGAGUUAAAAGCAGAGGUAAGCAGUGUUCAAACUGGUGAUAUUUAUGUGAGAGUAUAAAGGAAACGGUAAAGUAAAUUAUUGCACAGGAAUCUAGAACUAGUUACUCUGAAGUUUUGAUGUACUUUGUUGAAACAGUGCCUAUUGUUUAUGGCCCACCUUAGAUGGCUUGUUUCCACUGCAUAUCCUUUCUUUCUGACUUACAAUAAAUUAAUGAAUGAAAUGAAAGAGACUGAUUGUAUUCAAAUAAACUCAAACAACAGAUAUUUCUAGAAAUAAUUAAGUAGAUAUUGGGCUUCAAAAUAGUGGCUCACUAUCUCAGACUCUAUGUUUAUUUUGUAAAUAGGUGAAUGGAGUGUAGGUAUCUAUUCCAUUAGCUGGAAAAAAGUGACAUUUGUUUAAAAUUGUAAAUUAUUCAUAUUUAAAUACUACUUUGUAAAUUAAAAUGUACGACCAGCAAGUUACCGUUCCUUGAGUAAUCUGUAGAUCCUGUAUAGUUCUCUAUCUUACAUCUCAUUUUGGUGUAAAGAUCUGCCCUACCUCUUGAAUCAGCAAGAAAGCUGACUGUAAAUUAUUUUUUUUUAAAUGUACAUUUGAUGUCAUCAAUUGCAUUUUUUUUCUACUUUGUGUAAAUUGAUGUAAAUAAACAAUACAACCAAACACA